AUGACAGCGACAUCCAGCUUCUUCAGUAAAGUACUUGAUGUUUUAAACAUAUCUUUGAGAUUCUCGCUCAGGUACUUCAAGCUUCAACUAAUUGCAUGGCAACAGUAUGUUCAAGGUUCAAUCUUCACCCUUCCUGCUGCCAGAAUGUUGUGUGCACUUGGAUCUGACAGCAAACUGAAAGAUGCUAGUGCUAUUGACUGGUACAAUGACCCUGAUGAUGACACCCCCAUGGUUCCCACACCUCUGCCUUCUGCAUCCAAUGGGAAGCUGACUUCCUUUAGAAAAUCUGUGAAGCUGUCAACACAGCUCCAGCACCUCCUCAAGACCAGCCUGCACCCAAAGGAUGAGGACGAGGUCAACAAAGAGGAAGCUUACCAAAAGACCAAGGCGUUUGGAGACAAGGAUCACAAGGAUCGCAAGCACACAAAGAAAGAGGAGCACAGUGGAGAUCUGAAGGUAGUGUUUACUCAGGAGAAAGGCUGUAUCAAUCUGCACACCCAAGAAUGUGAAGAGUAG